ACAUUCACAUUUAUAAUGCACGUUGCCUGGCGAUGUUUAUUUCGUCUGUCUGUUCACUCGGAAUACACAGCUUCGAAGUUUGUAAACUUUGCUAGAGUUGAUAGUUUCUGUUCAAAAAUGUCUAAAACGGUACCAAACGUUGAUCUUGGAAAUGGAUGCACUAUUCCUGGACUGGGCUACGGGACGUACUUGGCGAAGCAAGGACAAGGGAUUGACCUAGUGAAGAAAGCAAUCGAUGCAGGCUACCGACACAUCGAUACCGCAUUUCUGUACGAGAAUGAAGUGGAAGUUGGCGAAGCUAUUCGUGCAAAAAUAGCCGAAGGAGUAAUUAAGCGAGAGGAUGUUUUCGUUACUUCCAAGUUAUGGAACACAUUUCACCACCCGGACCACGUGGCUGAAGCGUUUCAACGGUCGUUCGAUAUGCUCAAUCUCGAGUACAUAGACUUGUAUCUGAUGCACUCGCCAAUGGGACUGGAAUUUCAAGGAUACGAAUACUCAAACAUGCAACCCAAGGAUGCCGAUGGAAACUCGUUGUUCUCCGAGGUGGAUUACGUUGAGACGUGGAAAGCGAUGGAAAAAUUGGUCAGGUCCGGUAAGGUACGCAGCAUUGGGUUGUCCAACUUCAACAGUGAACAAACCAAACGAAUACUGGACAUUGCCGAGAUCAAACCGGUCAACAAUCAAAUUGAGGUGAAUCCGGGCUGGAAUCAGAAAAAGUUGAUUGAGUUCUGCAAAAGUCACGGGGUCACGGUGACAGCGUUCGGACCAAUGGGAAGACCACAUCGGGCCACUUAUGGGAAUAAAACGGCUUUGGGGGAUCCAAAGGUGCUGGAAAUUGGGAAGAAGUACGGAAAAACUGAUGGGCAAGUGAUACUGAGAUACUUGAUUCAACUGGGAACGAUUCCAAUACCCUACUCUACCAAAGAGGAGCGGAUCCGGCAGAAUAUAGACGUGUUUGACUUUAGUUUGACUGAUGAGGAAAUGCAGUAUAUGGAUACUUUCCAAUCGGAACGGACGCUGUCCUUCUCACCGUUGAAGAAUCACAAAUAUUAUCCUUUUGAUGCAGAAUUUUAGGGAUCGAAUGUCUAUUCAGAAAAAUAAAGAUCGUGUUGUUCGGUCACAGAAACGUA